CACCAUGGCUCUGCUCUGUCCUCCUAUUAAUACCGUUACUUGUACCCCCAUUAUGGCGUCCUCAGCGACUCCAAUAUGUAGAGCUUACAGGCUCCUGACAUCCCGCCAGGGAAUUCCUUCACUCCUACCGUCCUUCUCCUCCUGUGCUGCAUAUCGAUUACCAAGGCCGCAGAGUCGCCCACUUCAGACCACUUCAGCUCCCUCCACCCGCAUACCAGAUUUUGGAUUUGCUUUUGACAUCGAUGGCGUCCUCCUCCGCAGCUCCGACCCCCUCCCCACCGCCCACCGCGCCCUCUCCUACCUCCAAUCCCACUCCAUCCCCUUCAUCCUCCUCACCAACGGCGGCGGCAAGCACGAAUCUGACCGCGUCCGCGACCUCAGCCAAAAGCUCGACAUCCCCCUCACUACAUCCAUGUUCAUCCAAUCCCACACCCCCUUCGCAGACAUGCACGCCUACAAAUCCAAGACCAUCCUCGUCCUCGGCGGCGACGAAGACAAGUGCCGCCUCGUCGCCGAGGACUACGGAUUCGGGACCGUCGUCACCCCCGGCGACAUCCUCGUCGCGUAUCCGGACAUCUGGCCCUUCAGCCACCAUCUCCUCGACGGCUAUUACCGCAGAUUCGCGCGACCGCUCCCCGCUCCCAUAGACCCGCACAACCCUUCCAAGUCGCUUAAGAUCGACGCCAUCUUCGUCUUCAACGACCCCCGCGACUGGGGACUGGACACGCAAAUCGUGAAGGACGUCCUGCUCUCCCAUGCCGGCAUCCUCGGCACUCUCUCCCCUAGAAACGGAGACCCGAACCUGCCGAAUAAGGGCUACCAGCGAGAUUCCCAACCCCCGCUCUUCUUCAGUAACCCCGAUUUACUCUGGGCGGCGAAGUACCACCUCCCGCGCCUCGGCCAGGGCGGAUUUCGCGCAGCCCUCGAGGGAGUCUGGGCAGCCGUCACGGGCGGCGAGAGGAACGGGGUCGAGCUGAAGAAGACGGUCCUGGGCAAGCCGCACCGCCCGACGUACGAAUUCGCCGAGAAGAUAUUGAUAGCGCAUAGACGCGAACUCGUCCAGCGAGCGGGCGCGAACCCGGAUGAGCUGGGCCCCCUCAAGAGAGUGUACAUGGUGGGCGAUAAUCCGGAGAGCGACAUCCUGGGGGGCAAUAGCUUCGAGAGCGGGCAUGGGACGGAUUGGGUAAGUGUGUUGGUGGAGACGGGGGUGUACACGAAGGGCACAGAGCCGGCGCAUCGGCCGAGUAAGAUUGUGGAAGACGUGGGUGCGGCUGUGGAGUGGGCCGUGGCGGAGAAUGAGGGUUGGGAUGAGGGAGUGAGGGAGUGGAAGGGGUCAGGGCGUUCGUGAAGGGGUGGCGGGUUGGGGAGAGAUUUGCAUAGCGCAGCCGAGAAUCACUUAUAACAUGAGCCUUGAGCGUGUAGUAGGAUAUCCUAGCCUGUAGAGAUCGAAAACCAUUUCGAGAAUCCCGCG